CUUUAUGCCUAUGGGAUAUCAGCCACAAGUAUUCUUUCUCGCCAAACUUAUCAUUACUACUUGCUUCCAUUGUUUUUGUGUGUCAAAGUUGAUCCAGUUUAGGGCAGAGUGAAAGUAGUAUCAACCAGUAGGAUAUCUUCACCAACUCUUGAACCAAAUCCAGAAUUAUUGGUGCGUUUCAUUAUUUAUUUUAAGAAUUGACUGUAUAAGGACAAAAAAUGGUGUCCGCUUGAAAAUUCUCAAGCCAUUGUUUUGAAUAAUUAUAGAUAGUUUUUGCCGGUGCCUACAGGUACAUUAGGCAUUUGACGGCUUACACCUUAGUGUUUGUGAGGGAGUUAAUUCUUUGUCGCUCAACUCAUCUACCAAGUGAUCAAUUGAAAUGUUUUCACCAGGUACCCUUAUGGAUAAAAGACUUUCUCAGUUGAAAGAGGCAAAAGAAAGGUUUGAUCGAAGUAGCCAAAGUUCAAUCCCCAAGAUUCAGAGGGUUCCAAAAUUUUUGCGACAAAAUGAAAGAUUUUAUAAGUACUGCUCACCAAAGAUUAUAUCAUUUGGUCCCAUCCAUCACAAUAAUAUAAGUCUUGGAGAAGGAGAACAUUAUAAGCUUUUAUGGACAUCAAUAUUUGUUGCAGAAUAUGGCAUAAAAAUUGAUCAAGAUGCAAACCAAGCAUGCAAACUUUUGUUUAAAAUGAUUGAAGAUAAUAUUGAAGAAUUGAAGAACAUGUUCACUGAGGAAGAAAUUCAAGGUUACAAUGAUGAUGAUCUUGCUUGGAUAUUGUUUGUGGAUGGAUGUUCUUUGAUAUAUUUUAUGGAAAAUAUUGAUGAACAUUGUCCAAAAGCAUUAAAUCUAAAGUUUGACCAACUGAUGUACAUAUGGAGAGAUGCUUUAUUAUUGGAGAACCAACUUCCAAGAAAAAUGAUUGAGAUUCUAUGUAAAGAGAAGGGUGUUGAUAUGGGUUUCUUAGAUGAAAAUUAUGGUAGUAUGGGUGAAUGCAAGCGAUCUGGAAUGGUGAUGAUCCAAGUGGUAGCAAAUAAGACAGAUGAAUGGACAUGGAGUAAUAUUUCAUUCAAGUCUAAGUGGUUUGGUGGAGAACUAAGGCUUCCCACUUUUUUGUUCAAUGAUGUCACACCUUAUCUUUUUCGAAACUUAAUAGCAUACGAGAUGUGUCCAGAUGUUCACUAUGACUAUGAAUGUUGCUCGUUCUUUAGCUUUAUGGAUUCGUUGGUUGACAAUGCUGAGGAUGUUAAGGAACUUAGAUUAGCUGGUGUAUUUCAAAAUUUACUUGGAAGUGAUGAUGAAUUGGCAAAGCUCUUCAACGAUUUAGGUGAUGAUUUGCCAACAAAAAUGUGUUGCCAUGAUUCCUACACAAAUGCAGUGGCCUACAGUAAGAAAUAUAUUAUGAUCAAACUUCAAAUUGAAAAGCAUUACACAAAUAAAUGGAAGACAUGGUUGGCUCAAGCUUACAAUACUUAUUUCAAUUCACCAUGGGCUAUGAUUGCCUUUUUAGCUGCAUCAUUAGCAUUGGUUCUUACUUUCAUCCAAACAUGGUUUACGAUUCAUCCUAAUUAAAUAAGCAAGAUUCCAAAUGAAUAAAUAUGUAUGUGUGUUGGAACUAAUUGAGUUUAUUAUGUAUCGUAUUUUAUUCCUAACAUUGGAGUGCAAAGAAAGUGUUUUACAUUUGGUAGUGUGAUUGUUGAGACAAUAAGAUUUUAGGGUGUAUCAGAUGUAUUCUAUGAUGUAUUAUUUUUAACAUUUGUCUUGUAUGGCUCUUUAGGUUUUAUAUAACUAUAAUGGUAUAUAUUAGUC